AUGGCUUUGUCAAUGGCCCAGUCAACAAUCGACAUCCACCCCUCCUCGCCAAUAUCACCCCCAUCCUCCAUCACCUCCAUCUCCAGCCACUCCAGCACCGGAUCCUGCAAAUCCGUCCAAUUCUCUCGGUUCGUCAAAAUCUCAUUCACAUACCCCAGCGACGAGUACGACCGAUCCGCCUUCGAGCCUGCAAAGCUCACCCCUUUGGAGACAACAGAGCUCAUUCAGCUUCGCGGCGCCUGGCGUCAAGAGAUGGAAGACCGUCUCCAUAAUGUGACUGAACAGGAGAUCCAGAUGCCUCUCUCGCCCGUCUCCCCUCUCCUGUCCUCUUCCUCCUCUCCCAUCUUUCCAACCAACAAAUAUCACGGUCGCCCCCACUCGCUCCUCUUGCCGACAGCGGUCUCGUCCAAUGUCUCACGCUCGUCCCCUCCUUGCUCGCCCGUUCUUUCGCAUCACGACAGCUGCAGCAGCAGCAGUGAUGACGACGAGUACCCGACUGUUGUUUCGCCUGCGCUGACAGCCCAGCAACAGCAGCAGAAGCACCGCCUGAAGCGGUUUGGGAGCAGCUGCGAGGGGAUGCUGCACCGACACCGUCAUCUCGAACAGACCACUCAAUGUAUCGCCUAA